CAGCAGUUCAUGCACCCCUCCAGAGCUCCAAAUGGGACCCUUCAUAGAAAGGAGGAAAUGGCAGCCUGGCCCUUCUCUGGGCUUUGCAGUGGCUCUGAUCCAACUCUGUUCCAAAUGACCUUGUUUGCUGCUCUGUUGGCUACUGUUCUUGGAAACUGUGGUCCCCCACCUGAGUUAGCCUUUGCCUCUCAUAUAAACAAAUUGGACCAGACAAACUUCACAACCGGAACUACUCUGAGAUACGCCUGCCGGCCUGGGUAUAGUAGGUUCUCCUCCAAUCAGAAUGUUGUCUGUACAAGGGAUGGCACAUGGUUCUAUGAAGAUAACUUCUGUAACAAAAAACGGUGUAGAAAUCCAGGAGAUUUACCAAAUGGACAUGUGGAAAUUAAGACAGAUUUGUCUCUUGGAUCACAAAUAGAAUUCAGCUGUUCAGAAGGAUAUAUCUUAACUGGCUCAACCACUAGUCAUUGUGUAAUCCAAGAUAAAGGAGUUGAGUGGAGUAAUCCUUUCCCAGUAUGUGUAAUUGCCAAGUGUGAGCCCCCUCCAAAGAUCAGCAACGGGAAGCACAAUGGUGGAGAUGAAGAAGUCUACACGUAUGGCUCUUCGAUCACCUACAACUGUGACCCUCCCUUCUCACUCUUAGGCAAUGCUUCCAUUUCCUGUACAGUUGAGAAUAAAACAAUAGGCGUCUGGAGCCCCAGUCCUCCUACCUGCAAACAAAUCAUCUGUCCUUCACCAGACAUUCCACAUGGGAAGAUCAUCUCUGGAUUUGGACCCAUCUAUCAUUACAAGGACUCUAUUGUGUUAACCUGCCAGAAAGGUUCUGUCCUCAGAGGCAACAGUGUGAUCCACUGUGAAGCUGAUAGCAAGUGGAAUCCUUCUCCUCCCACUUGUGAGCUUAACAGUUGCAUCGACUUACCAGACAUUCCACAUGCUUCUUGGAUAGGGUACCCCAGGCCAAGGAAAGGAGAUAUGUAUCAGCCUGGGACUGUGUUAAGGUACCAGUGUAAUUCUGGCUAUAAACCUGAUACAAAUGAGCCUACAACUGUGACUUGUGAGAGAAAUUUCAGAUGGAGCCCAUUCAAAGGGUGUAAGAAGGUAUAUUGUCCAAGACCAGAGUUUGAAAAUGUUGUAAUCAUUCAACCUAAAGAAACUUAUUUCUAUGGUGAUGUAGUAUCAUAUAUGUGUCAUGACAACAAGAUGUUUUCAGCUGUAUGCAAAUCAGAUGGCACAUGGCAACCACGAAAGCCAUCAUGUGAUCACAAUUGCAAGUUUCCUCCUAAAAUUGCCCAUGGACGUUAUAAAUUGAAUUCAAAUUUCUUUGGAAGUGAGGCCACAUAUGAAUGCGAUGAAGGAUACACUCUGGUUGGAGAAGAGAAACUCUCCUGUGAUUUUUCACGCUGGUUACCAGCAGUCCCUCAGUGUAAAGCUCGGUGUCUGAAACCAGAGAUAGAAAACGGAAAGCUGUCUGUGGAUAAGGAACAGUAUACUGAAUCUGAGAAUGUCACCAUCAGUUGUAACUCUGGCUUUUUAAUGGUGGGUCCCCAAAGUAUUGCUUGCUCAGAAAACGCAACCUGGUAUCCACAGGUGCCCACAUGUGAAUGGGAGGUCCUUGAAGGCUGUGAACAAGUGCUCAAAGGCAGGAAACUCACACAGUGUCUCCCAGACCCAGACGCAGUGAAAAUGGCCCUGGAGGUGUAUAAGCUGUCUCUGGAGAUCGAGCUACUGGAACUAGAGAGAGACAAGGCAAGACAAUCAGUCCUGAAGUCAUCACUGUGA